AUGAUCAGGCUCACUAAGGAGUGCAGUACAUUGCUUCAAAAGAAACUAUCACCUAAACUAAGAGAUCCAGGGAUAUUCCUUGGACUAGUGGUAGUUGUUUUGUUUGAUAAAGUUGUAUGUGAUCUAGGAGAAAGCAUUAACUUAGUGUCAUUUUCUAUUUACAACAAACUUGGAUUACGGGAGGUGAAGCCAACUAUGGUUUCUCUUCAAUUGGCGGAUAAAUCCAUAAAACAUCCUAGGGGAGUGGUGGAAGAUGUCCUAAUAAAGGAAGAAAGACUGAUUUUUCAGGUAGAUUUUAUAAUUUUAGACAUGGAAGAAGAUCGGGAAGUACCUUUAAUUUUAGGAAGACUUUUUCUAGCUACGGGUGGAACCUUGAUAGAUAUUCAUCAAGGGAAAAUAAUCUUAAGGGUGAAAGAUGAACAAGUGGAGUUCAAUGUAUAUGGUGCUAUGAAAUAUCCAUCCGAGUUAGAUACUUGUUUUGAAAUUAGUAUUCUUGAUGACAUAGUAGUUGAAACUUUAGAAGAAAACUACCGUAUUUCACCCUUAGGAAAUUGUUCAGUCAACUCUAGGAUUAAGGAGGAUGAAAUUAAGAGUGAAGAGAUAAGAGAGUGUUUAAGCUACUUAAAUGUUCUACCAUCAUUAGAGACUCCAUAUGCCAAGAGAUUCAAAGAAAUUGGAUUUGUGGAAGUUCAAUCCAAUCCACCAAUCAAAGAGUUGCAUACACUUGAACUCAAGCCAUUACCGUCUCACUUGAGAUAUGCAUUCUUAGAAGACUCUAAAUAUUUUACAAUUAUUAUUAAUGCUUCUUUGAGUGAUCUAGAGGAAGAAAAGUUACUUCGAGGGUUGCGACAAUACAAGAAGGCAAUCGGAUGGUCAAUUACGGACAUAAAAGGAUAUAAGUCCCUUAAUUUGUAUGCACAAGAUUCUCAUGGAGGAUAG